AUGAUCAACGACGCUGGCGAAGUUAUCGACCUGUACAUCCCGCGCAAGUGCGCGUGGACCAACAAGCUGAUCACGGCCAAGGACCACGCGUCCGUCCAGAUCAACAUCGGCCACCUCGACGAGACGGGCGUGUACAACGGCGAGUUCACCACUCUGGCGCUUCAGGGCAAGGUUCGCUUCGCGGGCGAGUCGGACUCCGCGAUCGACCACCUGUGGAAGAAGAAGGCUGCCGAGGCCGGCCAGGCCUAA